CGCAGCUGCCGCAGAGACGCCAGUGGAUUCCACAGAAGUUUUUAAAACCAUAGCGGAGGACAAAUUGCUGGACAGCAAGCCAACCCCCGAAAUAGUCGACAUGGUGCAAGAGGAAAAGAUUACUGUGGCGGAUGGCGCCGACGAGCAAAUGCUGGGAUCUGGCGGGCCUGACGAGAAGCUGGCCGGACGAGAUGAGGUCAAAUUCAUCAAGGGCGAUCACCAGAAUGGAGAUGCCAAGAUUGAUAUCGGAAACGUUAACGGAAAAGCUGCUUUUACGGGCAUGAGCAAGGAGGAACUCAUGAAGUACGCCAACGAUCCGUUUUGGGUGCGCUUGCGAUGGAUUUUCUUCGUCGGUUUCUGGGCCAUCUGGGCAGCCAUGCUUGUGGGCGCCAUUAUGAUCAUCAUCGGAGCACCGAAGUGCGCUGCUCCUCAGCCCUUGCCCUGGUACAAGCGAGGACCCCAUGCGAAGUUCGCUGGUAUUGAGGCUGCCAAGCCGGAUGACGUCGAGACUGCCAAGAAAAUCCAUGCUACAGGAGCAAUAUAUGAGCUUCCCGCUGCCCUAACCUACAGUGUUAGCCAGCCUGAAGUGGAGCAACAGAUUAAGCAACUUGUGGCACAAUACCAGGCCAGCGAUGUAAAGGUAAUCCUUGAUUUGACACCCAACUACGUGGGCAAGGAGUCGAAGUUGGUUCAGGAUGCUCUCAAAAACAAGGAGAAGCGGGCCGCCUUUGUCUGGGUGAGCGGAAGAUCGGUCCCACCCACCAACUGGCUGAAGGUGGGUGGUAAUCGGUCCGCUUGGGAGCAACUGGAUGACAGCUAUGUGCUCUCCCAGUUCCAAGAUGGCUAUUACGAUCUAAAAAUGAAUAGCUCAAUAAUAAGGAACGAAUUCGGUGGGGUGCUAAGGCAUCUGGUGGAACUGGGUGUACAAGGCUUCCGCCUGAAGAAUACCAAGUUCUUUGUGCUGUCCGACAGCCUCGAGGACGAAGUCAUCUCUGCAGUGCCCAAGGAUCUGAAUCUGGGACCCAGCGAAUAUGGCUUCUACGACCACAAGCAAACCACCUUCCUCUCUGGGCUGGGCGAUGUGCUAUAUGACUACCUGAGCAUUGUGAAGAAUGCCUCCGCCGAUGCCUUCCUAUCGGUGGCUGAGGACAUCGUACAGCCAGAGGUGUACCAAUUGAGUGAGGUUGCAGGGGCCAACGGCAUUGAUCUGCCUAUGUACGGCAACUUUGUGCAAGUGCUUAGCAAAUCUAAGCCAGAGAAGUCUCUGUUUAAGAAUCUCGAGAACACGCUCCUCCAAGCAGGCAACGGAAGCUGGCUUCAGUGGAACUUCCGUGAUGUCUACGUGGACACCCCCCACGACCCGUCAGCCCUGGCCUUGUUCCUCUCUAUGUUGCCAGGCGUGCCAGUGGUGUCAGUGGAUGCCAUCGAGUAUCAGAACGUAACCGAGAAGACCUACAAGCAUAUCGAGCAGCUGCGUCACUCGGCCUCCUACAUGCACGGCGAGUUGAAGCUCUAUGAAGCGGAUCCUCUGGUGGCCUUCUCAAGAAUCAAGUCUGGCAAUCCUGGUUAUUUUGUAAUUUUCAAUCCGACCGACUCGCCACAGUCUAGCAACAUUACCAGCGCCCACGAUCUACCCGACAAAAUGACUGUCUCGGUGUUCAGCGAGAACUUUAACAAUUACGAGGAAGGCGACAAGGUAACACCCCUUGGCAAAGUUAGCCUUGGCGAUCUUAAGGUGGCCCCACAGUCGGCCAUCAUUCUGACCUACGUGCCAGUGAAGACGGAAUAAAUAUGUCGUAUGUCCUACAAUACAACUACUGUAUUGCACAAAGAUGUGCAUAUCUAUAAAUAAGCUCGCUUCAAUGUUCACUGAGAUUCAAAGCCGCAAAACAAAACUACAAAUUUGUUGAGAAAUUAUAUACAUAUUUAGAGUUCUCUGCUUGUUUAAUCGCUUGCUAUACAAAAAUAUA